AGUCAGCAGUGACAACCUGCUAGCAUUGAGUUUUGUGCGGUGGGAUCUUUGUUCUUUCGCUCCUCACAAUAAAACCUUGCUACUUUUCAGUUUUUGGGUCUGCACUACUUUUAAGCAUUGUAAUGCUCACUACGACGGUCUGCAGCUUCAGUCCUUAAGUCAGCGAGACCACAAACCCACCAGAAGGAAGAAGCAACUGCGGGCACGCCACCCUUAGGAGCUGUAACACUCACUGCAAAGGUUUACGGCCUCACUCCUGAAGUCAAGUGAGACCACGAACCCACCGGAAGGAAGAAACUCUGGACACAUCUGAACAGCAGAAGGAACAAACUCCAGACACACCAUCUUUAAGAACUGUAACGCUCACCGUGAGCAUCCGCGGCUUCAUUCUUGAAGUCAGUAAGACCACGAACCCACUGGAAGGAGCCAAUUCCGGACACAGUAGACUGGCAGGAACCAAUGCCGGACACAGUAGCAAUGAGGUUUUUCAUUGCCCGAAAUCCAGAUCUUGGUUUCUAUACACCAUUUUUCACUGAUAAGUACUGUAGCUUCAUGAAGCAAUGGUGAUUCUAGGUUUAGGGUAGGAAUAGUAUAAAAUGGGACUGAAAUAUCUUUUGUGAGAAAGUGAAGUGCACAAAAACUGUUGGGAACUUAUCAAAGGACAUAGAAACCUGUUUGCGGCCGGGUGCGGUGGCUCACUUCUGUAAUCCCAGCCCUUUGGGAGGCCGAGGGGGCGGAUCAGUUGAGGGACAGGAGUUCAAGACCAGCCUCAGUAAGGCAUAGUGGUGUGUUCCUGUAAUCCCAGAUACUCAGGAGGCCGAGACAGGAGGAACCCGGAAUGCGGAGGUUGCAGUGAGCUGAGAUCGCAUCCACUGCACUCCAGCCUGGAGACUUUGUUAAAAAAAGAAAAGAGGGAGCUGUGUGAAAGGGCUCCAAAUGACCAAAUUUUAAAUAAUUUGAGCAUCAACAUAAUAAUGACAGUAAUUAUUUGUAAAGGAAUGCAUGAGUUCAUCGUGAUAAAAUGAGACGGCACGGAAAAGAAAAGGUAUUCUUUGCAGGAAAUGGCAACUAAUAAAUGUAGAAAUGUGCUUCAGUUUCCUCACCUGUUAAAUGGAGAUAAUUGUACCUAACUCACAGGGUUGUUAUGCGGGGUAAUGAAUUAAUACGUGUUAAAACACUAUGUUGGCCGUUAUUAUAUUGCCGCGUGGAAGACAAUGUGUCACCUAGUAUCUCACUAAGACUACAGACGGGAUUCAGCGUGACGACCACAGAGGUGUGGGAACCUCCGGCCUUCCUAGAAGGAACAUAGCCGGAACCGCUGUUCCGCGGAGAGCGGGCCGCGGUGACGCAUUUCCGGCCUUUGUAGUUUAUCAUUCUUUGGGCUGCGGUUGUCAAGGAUUCAGAGCCGAUAUGAUCUGCGCUAGGUGGCAUCUCCUCUCACGGAUGCUUCGGUGAGCUUCGGAGUCGGGCUACCGCUGAGGGGCUUCGGAAGGGCCAGUCUGUGCGCUGCGACCUGGACUGGGUGUGGGGAUUUGGCGGCAGGGUCUUCUUGGCCAGAGAUGGGCCGGGCAGGUGAAGGGCAGAGGAGGUUGCUCCGCAGCCUGGAAGGGCCUUGUUAACCAAAAGUCAGCGUCGUUGCCCCUACCCCUUUCCCCCACCCUAUGUCUGUUCCUGAGCUCUUCAACCUCUCUGCCCUGUACUGAUGGCACUCUGAACUCUCCGUAUCUGCAUCUUAGGAUCCAAAUAGAUUCGGAUAUGAAGAAAUGUUUGUAUUUUCCCAUGUCUUAUUCUCUACUGUGGACUUAUUUUAAAGAAUGAGCAGGGAUAGUUUUAAACUAUGCCACAGCCUUUCUUAGUCUAACUCACAUAGUAUAAAGGCUCUUGCUGCUAUCCAAUUUUUUAAAAGAAUAAAUAGCAUCUACUAUGUGCCAGCCCAGCACUGUUCUAAGCACUUUACAAAUAUUAUCUGCUUCUCAUAACUUUAUGAGAUAGGCACUAUUAUUAUGUAGACUACACCCCACCUCUCUGUCCCGCCCCUUUUUAAAAUUAACAUACAAGAAGAAAAUGAAGUUAGUAACUUGCCCAAGGUCAUAGAGCGAGUAAGGGGUGUAGGCAGGAUUCAAAUACAGGCAAUUUGGCUCCAGACUCCAUUUUCUUAAAACCUUUGCUAUGCUAACUCCAUUCUGUUCCUAUAUUAGCUUUACAGCUAUAACCCGGGAAGUUACUUCGCUCAUUUGAAUCCCGUCCUUCUUUUGUACCUCAGUAGUCCUGGGCUUCUAGUUAGGAUUUGAUUGGAGAGAAUAUAUCUGAAGACGUAUAUCUUUCAGAGUGUUUCUGCAAACCUGAUGAAACAGCCGUUUUAUUGGUUUGUGUGCAUGUUUUCACCCACUCAUCUUGUUCUUUGAGCAAUAGAAAAAGAUUACAGUCUUGGCCCUAAGGGAAAGUAGCAACUAUUAAUGAAACUACCAUUGUACCAAAAUUGUACAUUAUCUUAUUAAAAGAUUAAUUUGCAUGUUUAUAUGCCAGGUUUUGUGCAAAAACACUUUGUAUGCAUUAUCUCAUUUAAUAUUCUCAACAAGUUGGCAAGGCAGUUGUUGACCUCAUUUCAUAUAUGAGCUUGAGGCUUAGAAAAAUCAACUAACUUGCCCAAGAUCACUGCGUUAAAAUUCACAGAUGGCCUGGCACUAUGGUUCAUGCCUGUAAUCCCAGCACUUUGGGAGGCCGAGGUGGGCAGAUCACCUGAGGUCGGGAGUUCGAGACCAGCCUGACCUAUAUGGUGAAACUCCAUCCUACUAAAAAUGCAAAAAUGAGCCAGGAGUGAUGGUGGGUCCCUGUAAUCCCAGCUACUCUGGAGGCUGAGGCAGGAGGAUUGCUUGAACCUGGGAGGCAGAGGUUGCAAGUGAGCCGAGAUCGCACCACUUCACUCCCGCCUGGGCAACAAAAGCAAGACUCUGUCUCAAAAAAAAAAAAAAAAAAUUUACCAACCAGAUCUGCCUGUGUUCUCUGCUAUCUCAUACUACGUUCUGCUUGUCUAAGGUAAAUAAAAUAUAUGGGCUUAUAUCAACUCUAUGUGUGCACAUGUGUAUACAUGUGUAUAUACGAUUGCAAAUGCGUAGAAAAGGACACAUUCCAGUAUUUAAGACUGUUUAUUUCAGGGUAAUAGAACUUGGUGAAAGAAUUCUAUAUUCCUCUCUACUUUUUGGAUUUAAAAAAAUGGCUCUGAAGAGAAGUAAUGGUACAAGAUAAAUUGUGACUGAGGGUGAAAGGUGGGACUCAUACAGUACAUGACAUAUGAGUGGGCAGUUGGAAGAGGGUGAGCUGAAAUGGAUAAAGAAGACUUCAGAGAGGAUGUGAGAUUUGAAUCAAGCUGCAGAGAUUGGGUAAGGUUCGAAUAAGGGAAGAAGGCAAGACCAAGCUCGUGGCGCAGGGAUGAGAAACGCCUGAUUAGAAUGGUGAGAAGAAAAACCUGACUGGAGCUGAGAGUUUUUGCUUGUGGAAUAGAGGAAACCAAGAGUGGAGCCAGACAACAGAAGCUAAAGGUCUGACUGGUUUUAAACUGUGCUUGAGAGUUUGGGAAUUCAUCCAAUUAGUGAGGAGCCAUAGAUGGUGUCAGCGGAGGUGAGGGUCAUGGGAUGUAUGAUGAUAAAGGCACAUUUGUAUUACGUGCUGCUUAGUCUUCACCUACGUGCAUGUCCUUCGUUAACAGCAUCCUUCCAUGAGGAUGAUGGUAGAUUUGGGGUUCAGCUUGCUGAGGCUCUAGGAGGAACCAACUUUAAAAUGCAGAUGUAUUUUUUAAGGUAAGACUUAUUAUGCUAAUUAUAUACCUGGCAUAUACAUUGAGGUUGUGAUCCUGAAUGGAAGAUUAGGAACUCUAUGUUUGUGACGAGGAGGGCAGGAUUACAAAAAACUGGGGAAGCCCUUUGGAGACACCAGGUUCGAAGAAGAACUCAGGUAUGCUGGUGCAAGGAUCUGGGUAUUAAGGCCACCAGAUAAAAGCAAAAUCAGGUGAAGGAAAGCAAAAAUGAACCCAGAGUAUACAGAGAAAAUAGGGAAAUUUAUAUUUGGGAAACUGUAUAAAGAUUUGAAACACCACAUCCCAGAAAUGAAUUUUUCUGGGCAGAGGCUCUAAGCUUCAGCUGCAUUGUCUUUGAAUAGAAAAACUUUGACUUGAAACCAAGCGGCACAGGUGGUAAAUAAGAAAAAGACAUUUUCGGACCCUAGAAGAUUGAAAAAACAAGAAAGCAUAAGUGGCUGUUUCAUCCUUUGAAUCCAUGGUAUGUUUAUUGAGUAAUGUGAGAGUACAUAUUCUGGAUUUAGCUAUUUGACGUUUGUACCACAAAACUUUCUUACCCUAGAACAAAUUCAGCAGACCAUGUUUCAAGCCAUGAUGAUCUCUUCCCUGGAUGAUUAUCAUAGCAUCCCUCCCUGCCUCCACUUAACCCCAAGGUCAUUGACACAGCGGCUAGAGUUAUGCUUUUGUGUUAAAUGUAAGUAAAAUUUUGUUACCCCUUGGCUCAAAAAUCCCCAGUGGUUUCCAUAUCUCAUAGAAUACAAGCUAGAGCCCUUACCACUGCCUUUCAUGAUCAAUUCCCAAGCUCCCUGCUUUAUCUCCUGUUACUUUCCCUUUUGUUUUCUUUGUUCCAGCCAUUGUUCAACUAGCUAUUAUCUGAAGAAUCCAGGUGUGUUCCCACCUGCAAAAAUUUGCACUUGGCAGUUACCUUUGCAUGGAACAGUCUUUCUCCAGAUAGCCAUGUGACUUGCUCCUCACUUCCUUCAGGUCUGUUCAACCAUUACCUUAUCAAGGCCUUCCCUGACUCUAUAAAAUAGCAACCUUUCUUUCCCCUUACUCUCUAUCUCCUUACCUUUAUUUUCUCUACAGCAUUUAUCACUACUUCACAAAUACUUAAUUAUUAUCUGUUUCCUCUGACCCCUUUUCCUCAUCCUGGCCCCUCUUUUCCCCAACAGAAGUUAGUGUUGUAGCAGUGGAGACUGUAAAUUCUGAUGUCAGAUUUGUUGGGUUUGAAUUGCAGCUUCACUGCUUACUAUCUGUAACUGACUUGAACUUUGGACUAGUAACUUAAACUUUUCAUAUCUCAGUUUUCUCAUCUGUGAUAUGGGGGUAAUAAUAGCACCUUAUUCAUGGUUGUUUUGAGGAUUAAAUGGGUUAAUAUAUAUAAAGCAUCUGUAACAAUACCUGGCACGUUAAAAGCACUAUAAAUGUCCGCUAUUAUUAAUACUGUUAUUAGGAUGUAAAUUCCAUGAGACUAGGGACUUUGUUAUAAUUGCAGCUGUAUCCCCAGUGCCUAGAACAGUACAUGGAAUAUGGUAGGCUCUGAAUAUAUAUUUGCUGGUCGGCUCUGAAUAAAUAUCUGCCAAGUGAAUGAGUGGUGUAUGAAAAGUUAUGACAGAAAAAGAUAGUAUGGUAGUCACAGUGGUGGUGAGUCGCACCAAGAAAAGUGGAGGAAGGCUGGGCACAGUGGCUCACACCUGUAAUCCCAGCAGUUUGGGAGGCUGAGGCAGGCAGAUCACGAGGUCAGGAGUUCGAAACCAGCCUGGCCAACAUGGUGAAACCCCUCUACUAAAAAAAUACAAAAAUUAGCUAGGCAUGGUAGCGGGUGCCUGUAAUCCCAGCUACUCAGGAGGCUGAGGGGAGAAUCAUUUGAACCUGGGAAGCAGUGAGCUGAGAUCGUGCUGUUGCACUCCAGCCUGGGCGACAGGGUGAGAUUCCGUCUCAAAAAAAAAAAAAGUGGGGGAAAACAUGAAUUUGCAGAUUCUGUCUUUAGAGGAAAAAAAUCCUCUGUACACUUCCUGGGGUAGUGAUUACAGAAGGUAACCAAACCAAAGAUGUCAGAACUUUAUGGAGAGGAUUAUGUGUGCAGGUUAUCCGGAAGGAUGCUGUCCCAUGCCAGUAGUUUGUUUCCCCUUUGAUAAAUAUAACCAAUAAUCACAAUAUGAAUCUAAUUUUUCUUCUGGUUGUAAUGUGAUCAGUGUUCACUUGUAAUUUAAAUAUCUGAUAUGGUUUGGCUGUGUCCCCAUCCAAAUCUCAUAUUGAAUUAUAGUUCCCAAUUUCUCAUAAUCCCCAUGUGUCGUGAGAGGGACCCGGUAGGAGAUAAUUUAAUUAUGGGGGCAGGUACCUUCAUGCUAUUCUGGUGACAGUGCGUUCUCAUGAGAUCUGAUGGUUUUAUAAGGGGCUUUUCCCCCUUUUGCUCGGCACUUCUCCUGCUGCUGCAUGUGAAGAAGGACAUGUUUGCUUCCCCUUCCACCAUGAUUGUAAGUUCCCUGAGGCCUCCCCAGCCAUGCUGAACUGUGGGUCAAUUAAACCUCUUUCCUUUAUAAAUUACCCAGUCUUGGGUAUGUCUUUAGUAGCAGCUUGAGAACAGACUAAUAAAAUACCCUAUUCUUAGUUAUUUAAUUUCACAAUGCAUGUCAACACCUUAAGAAUAGUGUAGGGUUGCUGGGCGCAGUGGCUAAUGCCUGUAAUCCCAGCACUUUGGGAGGCCAAGGCGGGUGGAUCAUCUGCGGUCAGGAGUUCGAGACCAGCCCGGCCAACAUGGUACAACCCUGUCUCUACUAAAAAUACAAAAAUUAGCCUGGCAUGGUAGUGGGUGCCUGUAAUACCAGCUACUCAGGAGGCUGAGGCAGGAGAAUUGCUUGAACCCAGGAGGCAGAGGUUGCAGUGAGCUGAGAUCACACCACUGUACUCCAGCCUGGGCAACAGAGCAAGACUCCUUCUCAAAAAAACAAAAACAAAAACAAAAAACAACAGAAUAGAGUAGGGUUAUUUUUGCAAUGGAUUACAAUAAUUUUACUUAAAAAUAUUUUAUUCUACAGGUUAUUAUUCAUUUGUGGGUCAUAAAAUCUGUUCCCAGGCUUUUUUGUUUUGUCUUUUAAUGAAAUAGGUUUAAAAAUAAUUGUAUGUCACUAUAUAGAGCAAGGAUACAUAGUGUUUUGUGAAAUUAUUAUUUUAGGUAUUUGUGUAUCUCAUAAAUGCACAAACAUAUACUUAUAUACAUAUGCAUGUGUGUUCUGGGUUAUAAUAUAAAAUAUUUCUUAAUAAGAGUCCUGGUCAUAAAAGUUUGAAAGUCUCUGCUCGAAGAUGGUGCUUAGAAAUCACUGGGUCAUAUAAUUGUUUUUCUUUCAGAAAAUUGUCUUCAUUAAUUACUAUCCUGGUAAAGAUUGCUCAUAAGUUUGUUUGUUUUUGUUUUUGUUUUUUUUGAGACAGAGUGUUGCUCUGUCGCCCAGGCUAGAGCGCAGUAGUGUGAUCUCGGUCCACUGCAACCUCUACCUCCCAGGUUCAAGCGAUUCUCCAGCCUCAGCCUCCUGAGUAGCUGGGAUAACAGGCGUGUGCCACCACGCCCAGCUAAUUUUUGUAUUUUUUAGCAGAGACGGGGUUUCAUCAUGUUGGCCAGGCUAUUCUCGAACUCCUGACCUCAGGAGUCAUAGACAUUUGUCUUUUUAUUAGCAGUAAUUUUAUUUUACAUAAAAUUGCCUACUCUCCACCUUCAAGUGGCUUCAAAGAGAAAAAGUUUCAAAGAAAUUAACGGGCAAGAGAAAGGUCAAAUUCUACUCCUGUUUUAAAGUACUGGAACCAAUAUUUCCGUCAUUUUAGUGUCUCUGAGCCUAGACCACUGCAGUCAACUACUUUCUGAUUCUUUUGCCUUAGCCUUAAACCACUAGGAUAUUCAUUUAAUCAUACAAUAACAUAAGAAAAAUAAGUGUUACCACUUUGGACUUUACUAAGUAGCCAACUUCUUUGUGCUCAUUAUCCUCGUUUUAUCUUUGUAUCAACCUAGAAAGAUAGGCAGUGUUGGUUUUAGGAUUCCUGUUUUAUAGAUUGAAGAGACCAAGGCUCAAAACAUGAAGCCCAAGACUCUGGAGGGAAUACCUGCAGGUUGAUGUCUCAGUCCAAGACCUUCCACACUUUAAACCUAGAUCUCCCUCCUCCAUACCUCCUAUGGCUGGAGGGACUCUACCUUCUAUGGCUGGAGGGACUCUGCCUCCUCUCUCCAAGUGCAUUUCUUACGGUUCUUAUUCUUUUUAUCUUCUUUACUUUCCCUCCAUCCUCCAUUUGUUUCCCUUUUCUUCUUGAUUCUUGGGGUCAUCUGUGACCACUUGGGCCCAAAGUGUUUUUUUUACCUUCAUACAGCUAAAAUUUACCCUGAAUUUAGUAUCUUGCUAUUCCAAUGGAAACCCAAUAUACUCAAGCUGAUUUGAGCUGUUUCAGUCAGGAUGAUUGAAACAGUACCUUCCUUCAGAAAACUGUAGGCGUUUUUGUUCCAUUUCUUUUUUCUUCCUAUAUUAUCUGGAUUCGUAUUUCUAAAGUAUCUAUCAUUAAUCAGGUUUUGGUGUUCCUUCAUGAGACAGAGUGACUGAUUUUAGUGUAAAUACUCCAGUCCCUCCUUGUCCUGAGGUUUUCUGCAUUUUUAUAUUUUUUUCUUCGUAAAUUAUUGUCUAGAUCUUGGGGUUUCCAGAAGAAAAGAUCAAGGGAGAAUUAUCAAGAAUAGAUUCUUUUUCUGAAUAGUUAAACCUUUGAUGGCCAUAACCUUGACCCUUCAGACUGCAGAGAUGCAGGAAGGACUUCUGGCAGUGAAGGUAAAGGAAGAAGAGGAGGAACAUUCCUGUGGGCCAGAAUCAGGCCUGUCAAGAAAUAACCCUCAUACCAGAGAGAUCUUUCGUAGACGCUUCAGGCAGUUCUGCUAUCAGGAGUCCCCUGGGCCCCGGGAGGCUCUUCGAAGACUCCAGGAGCUCUGCCAUCAGUGGCUGAGACCAGAGAUGCACACCAAGGAGCAGAUCCUAGAGCUGCUGGUGCUGGAGCAGUUCCUGAGUAUCCUGCCCGAGGAGCUCCAGGCCUGGGUCAGACAACACCGUCCUGUGAGUGGAGAGGAGGCAGUGACUGUGCUGGAGGAUUUGGAGAGAGAGCUGGAUGAACCAGGAGAGCAGGUCCUGAGCCAUGCUCAUGAACAGGAAGAGUUUGUAAAGGAGAAGGCAACUCCAGGAGCAGCUCAGGAGUCAUCAAAUGACGAAUUCCAAACCUUGGAAGAGCAACUUGGGUAUAAUUUGCGAGAGGUGUGCCAAGUUCAAGAGAUUGAUGGCAAGGCUGGGACUUGGAAUGUGGAGUUAGCCCCAAAGAGGGAGAUUUCUCAGGAAGUGAAAUCUCUUAUACAAGUUCUUGGAAAACAGAAUGGUAAUAUUACUCAGAUUCCUGAGUAUGGAGAUACUUGUGACCGUGACGGCAGAUUGGAAAAGCAAAGGGUGAGCUCUUCAGUGGAGAGACCCUAUAUCUGUAGUGAAUGUGGAAAAAGCUUCACCCAGAAUUCCAUCCUUAUCGAGCACCAGAGAACACACACAGGUGAGAAGCCUUAUGAAUGUGAUGAGUGUGGGCGGGCCUUCAGCCAGAGGUCAGGCCUAUUCCAGCACCAGAGACUCCACACUGGGGAGAAGCGCUACCAGUGCAGUGUUUGUGGCAAAGCCUUCAGCCAGAAUGCCGGGCUUUUCCAUCACCUCAGAAUUCACACUGGGGAGAAGCCUUACCAGUGCAAUCAGUGCAAUAAGAGUUUUAGUCGACGUUCAGUCCUCAUUAAGCAUCAGAGAAUUCACACUGGAGAGAGACCUUAUGAAUGUGAAGAAUGUGGCAAGAACUUCAUUUACCAUUGCAACCUAAUCCAGCAUCGGAAAGUCCACCCAGUGGCUGAAUCAAGCUAGCUCCUUGGAACAGACACUUACACUUGGAGCCCUGAGACCCACUGUAGGCAUCUGCAAACAACAGCAACAACAAAGUGGGAUGGAAAGAAAAAAGAACAAAAUAUGAGAACAUAAAAAAGAAUCAGACAGAAGGUAAAAUUAGAUGCUAAAACUCUAGAUUGGGCAAAAAAUGUUGACCAAAGGAAAAAUAAAAAGAUAGAUGCAGAGACAGAGUGUUGCCAAGAAACAUGCUUCAUCUUCAUAAUAAUUAUUAGAAAUCUCUUAUUUAUCAACUGGUCCAAGUUUUUAGAUACUAUUGUCUUAAGCAGUGAAAAUAAUCUCACUGCCUUUUACUCCUCACACUUUUUAUUACUUUCCAUAAAAUGGAGGACAGGGAGAAAAGCAUAGUCUAUAAACCACUGUGAUUUUUAGGUCUCCUUGAACCUAUCCCCAGUUUUCUAUGCCAACUGCCAAUGGGCAGUGUUGAAAGCACUAUUUCUUGAUGAUACCUGCACUAGAAUCACCUGGGUUGUUGGUUUGAAGUGCAGUUUUCUCAGCCCCACCCCAGACCUACUGAAUCAGUUUCUGAGGCAGAGCCUGAAAAUCUGUAUCUAAUUAGCAUAUUAGUGGUCCACACACAUAAGGUAACUAUAUAAUUUAUUGUCCAAUCUGGGACACUUGAAAAUGAAAAGGAGGGCUGUUAAUAAUUACACCAAGACAACAGGUAUAAACCGGGAGGUAUGGUCCCCAUACUAAUAAUUUUUGCAAUAGGCAGUAUUUUUUCAACCAAGCAUAUAGAAAAGACAGAGAAUCAGAAAGAUUCCAAUGUUCUGUCAUGAAAGCUAAGGCAGAAUAUAUAUGAAAAAGGCUGUUGGAGAGUUAGGUGUAGCCACCUAGCCUGGUAACCCCCAGUAAUAGAUCUAUUGGAUUAGGAAAGAAAGGAUGGGAUAAUAUGUCUGCACAAACAAAACAGAGGACCCCCCCAUCCCGCCCCUAAUUAAGACAAACCCAUUGUUAACAUAACUAGUUACCUAAGAUUAACCUAUUGAGUGAAUGGUUUACCAGACAAGAUGGACAACAUGCUGGAAGCACAGGAGUGUUUCAGUGGUAUAGGGACCGAUGGAGUACAGUGUUCAACCUUAUACUGUAGAAGAAAGUGAGAAGAUAGAGUACUGGAUCAGAGCUUGCAGUGUUAAGGCAAACAGUGAGCCAUUUUAAGCAGGUAGUCAGGUGAAGGGGAAGGGGGCAGAUAUUGUACCAAGUAGUUUCAUAAUUUAUCACAUUCACUACACGUCAUUUGUUGGCUGUGGAGGAGUCCUCUUGCCACUUGAUGGUACCAAAGACAGCUGACCCUGCCUUAAGUGUGUCAAUAGAUCUUCAUAGCUAUUCAGUAAUUGCCUCAAGAUCAUUGACUGCAGGGGUGGGGUGGUGGUGGCCUCCCCUCAUCACCCCUGACUUCUGCUAAUUCAUUGUAGAGGGGUAUGUAGUCAGGGAUCUAUAAGCCCCAAACUUGCUAGUGGUUAAGUUACUCGGGGGGACCUGAUUUAUUUAAACAGGUUUAAAACAAUGGAGAGCAAGCCAACAUCUUCCCCGUUUUCCUCAGGUGGGUGUUGAUUAUUGCAUUUGACCCUUGGGGGCAGAGUGAAGGUAACUGGACAAUUUGUGUGGUACAGAUAAUACCAGACCUGGGGUUGGUUGGUUGGUUGGUUUUUUUGUUUGGAAAGCCCUUUAUCUUCUGAGAGACAUGACCAGGGCUGUGGGAGGAGCUCUGAGUGUGCCUGUGCCUAGACUCCUACACCCCCAUCAGCCAUCCCAGGAGCUUGGUUGGGCUCUAAGGUGCUCGUUGGGGCCGAACUGAGGAAUCUCCCUGAGGACAGAGGGAAAGACCCUGAUGCCUGAGACCCUGGAGGACCGGGGACCUAGGGAACGGAGGACACGGCAGGAUCCAGUGCGAGCAGUCAAGUGUCUUCAGCAGGGGAGAGAGAGAAGUCAGCCCAGACUGAGUGGCUGCUGGACACAAGAGGUUACGACCCCUGUCGGCCUCAGCCUUUUUGAGGCGGCUUCUGCGCUCACAAAGGCGAGCCAGGUGGUGUGCACAAAUGAACCACUGAGAUUGAUGGAUCCUCCAAGAAUCCUAGAGAGGCGGCAGAGGAGCCGGCCGAAGUGCGUCCUUUCUCCUAGAGAAGUGUUCAGGUUUUAGUGUCCUGGGACUGUGUGUGUAGGCGGUGUCCUGGUCUCUUCUACCCAUGCAAGAUGCUUUAUACUUUCUCAGCGAUCCAGAGAUAACGGUACUCGGAGGGGGUGCUGUUGCCCCCUUUUCCAGGGCUUGCUCGAGUUCCCCUCUUACAUAGAUCUCUCAGGAUCAGGAUUUUGUGUUUUGUGUCGGCUCCAUCAGACAUUUCAGAGAUACAGAGAACUGAACAAAGCGCUGUACAGAGCUGGGUCUGUAUGGAUCACCGCCUUCUGAGAUGAGGGCACAGACUUACCAGCAAGGAGACCUCACCGGAAUCCAUCAGCUGACAGGUCCUUAUGGCCAAAAGCUGGCUUCCGUAUACGUUUUCUGAAUCCUACGGCCGUUUUAACCUGAACAUGAAAUUUUUCAGAGUUUUCAUAAAAAUCCCCUAUACUAAUGGUCACGAUAUUGUGUAUCUGUAAAGGCUUAGUACUUAAAGAAAAAUACUUUAUAUGAUCCCCACAAUUCUGCAAAACAGAGGGAAGUGGUACGUGAAUUUCUCUGGGUAAGAAAACAUUCAGAAGUUAGAACAUUCAAGCAAGCAUUUAUUGAGUGCCACAUAAUGGGCCAGGCUUUAUGUUGCAAAAAUGGGAAUAAGCCAGAUAAAAGGCAUUUCUUACUGUAUAGUGUAAUGGGAAAGACAUGUUGCCUUGAGGAAAAUAAACUUCGUACAUAGGGACUUUGGAGGUGGAACGUUAAAGAUAACUUCCCUGAGUAGGCAAUAGCAGAGCUGUCUCUGUGGACUCUCAGAAGUUGGAUAGCAAAGAGGAAAUGGACCUUGAGGGAUAGUUAUAGUAUGUGAAGGAGGGAUCAGAAAACCAUUUCAGAAAACCGCAAGUAAAUGAAGGUGGGUGCAUUCCAGCCUGGGCAACAAGAGUGGCAGAGGUGGGGCAAAGAGAGUAGAGAGUAACUGAAAUAUGCUGAGGAAUUUAAAGUUUAUAGGGUGGUGUGCUUUUCCAUUUUCUUAAUGUCACAGCACAUAAAAUUUGUAUGCAUACUUCCUGGCCACCCCGGUAGCUGAAGAGAUCAGUAUGCUGGUGGUACUCCUAUAAGCCAUUUGAGGCACCCAGUAAACUGUGGCAAUGCACAGUAGUUGGGCAGUUAUAUGCUCUGUCUGGAUUUAAGCAGAGGAGUAAUGUAAUCUUACUAGCUUUCUAGAAAUAUUCUAGAAGUGGUGUGGUGAAUGAAUUGGAAAGGGGCAAAACUGAAAGCAAGAGAGACAAGAGACUUGUAGUUGUUAAAGAAAGAACCAAAACCAUAAGUUGGUGAAAGUAAGUCACUGGCUAUAGAAAUAAAGAGGGCACCAAGUGGAACUGUGUUAAAGAUUACAGAUUUAACUAGACCUGAUAACUAAUUAGAUUGAUGAAAGUGAGAAAGAAAAGGUACUGAGAGCACUGCCUGUCACACACUAAGUGUAUUCUUUAAAUAAAAUAAAUGUAGCCAGGGAUAAAUAGGCAGGUUUUUGGAUUAAAUUAUUAGGUAAGUGUGGCACAAUUUUAUAAGAGAUGGCUAAUAUUGGAGAAUAAAUUGGUCACAAGGGGAAAAUGAUGAAUUUUUGGUGGUGAGUUGAAGAUGCUUGUAAGACAUACAAGUGAAAAGGUCUAAUGCACCACUGGACUGUAAGGGCCUGGAGCUCCAAAGAAAGAUUGGUAUGAGAGAAUCAGGCUUAGGAGUUUUCAGGUGAAAGCUGAUGUCAUCAAAUGGUUGAGAUUGCCCAGAAUAAAUACGGGAUGAGGAUAAGGCUGGAUUUCAAUUUAGGAUACUAAACAUUUUUUUUUUUGACGGAGUUUUGCUCUUGUUGCCCAUGCUGGAGUGCAAUGGCUCGACCUCAGCUCACCACAACCUCCGCCUCCUGGGUUCAAGCAAUUCUCCUGCCUCAGCCUCCCAAAUAGCUAGGAUUACAGGCACAUGCCAUCACGCCCGGCUAAUUUUGUAUUUUUAGUAGAGAUGGGGUUUCUCCAUGUUGGUCAAGCUGGUGUCGAACUCCUGACCUCAGGUGAUCCACCCGCCUCAGCCUCCCAAAGUGUUGGGAUUACAGGUGUGAGCCACCGUGCCCAGCUUGAUACUAGACAUUUUUGACAGGCAGAAUAAGAGCCACGAAGUGGACUAAAUAAUAGUCAUUAGAAACAUAUUUAACAGGUACUUAUAUAAUACAGUCAUGUGCCACAUAGCGAUGUUUCAGUCAACAGCAGACCACGUGUACAAUAAUAGUUCCAUAAGAUUAUAAUAACAUAUUUUUACUAUGCCUUUUCUGUGUUUAGAUAUGUUUAGAUAUACAAAUACUUGGCUUUGUGUUAUAGCUGCCUACAAUAUUCAAUACAGAAACGUGCUGUGCAGGUUUGUAGCCUAGGAGCAUUAGGUUAUAUACUAUAGCCUAGGUGUAUAGUAGGCUCUACCAUCUAGGUUUGUGGAAGUACAGUCUAUGAUAUUCUCACAAUGAUGAAAUUGCCUAAAGACACAUUUCUGAGAACAUAACCAUGUGAUUAAGCAGUGCAUAACUGUUCUUCCUGAGUGCCAAGCAUUAGGCUAAACGCUACAAAAACCAACUUAUGGAAAAACAACCAGAAGAGUAUAGUGUUUCUUAGAAGAUUGGGAGUAGUUAGCAGUGUUAGGUGCUGCAGAGGCAUCUGGUAGGAAAAGGACUGAAAAAUACCCACUGGGUUUGUGUACCAAGGGGGCCCUGUUUGUUUAACUUGGGACUGAUAAGUCAGAUGUGAGGUCCCCUGACUGACAUGCACACUAUUCUAAAAUUAAAAAUACUUUUGGGCCAGGCGCGGUGGCUCAUGCCUGUAAUCCCAGCACUUUGGGAGGCCGAGGCGGGUGGAUCACCUGAGGUCAGGAGUUUGAGACCAGCCUGACCAACAUGGUGAAACCCCGUCUCUACUAAAAAUACGAAAUUAGCUGAGUGUGGUGGCACAUGCCUGUAAUCUCAGCUACUUGGGAGGCUUGAACCCGGGAGGCAGAGGCUGCAGUGAGCCGAGAUCGCGCCAUUGCAUUCCAGCCUGUGCAAUGAGAGAAAAACUCUGUCUCAAACAAACAAACAAACAAACUUUUGAAAUCAUCUAGCACAAUUCUUGGCACAGAGAAGUUGACUUAUACAGGCAUAUGUCAUUUUACUUGCACUUUGCUUUAUUGCACUUCACAGAUACUGUGUUUUCUGCAAAUUGAAAGUUUGUGGCAACCCUGCAUCAAGCAAGUCUGUCAACACCAUUUUUCCAACAUCAUGUGCACACUUCGUGUUUCUGUGUCACAUUUUGGCCUCCCUAUUCCCUGAGACACACAGUGUUGAAAUGAAACCAGUUAAUAACACUACAGUGGCCUCUCAGUGUUCACGUGAAAGGAAGAGUCUCACAUCUCUCUCUUUAAAUCAAAAGCUAGAAAUGAUUAAGCUUAGUGAGGAAGACAUGUUGAAAGCUGAGAUAGGUUGAAAGCUAGGCCUCUUGUACCAAACAGCCAGUUGUGAAUGCAAAGGAAAAGUUCUUGAAGGAAGUAAAACCACUCCACAGAACACAUGAGUGAUAAGAAAGCAAAACAGCUUUAUUGCUGAUACGGAGAAAGUUUGAGUGAUCUGGAGAGAAGAUCAAACCAGCCACAACAUGCCUUUAAGCCACAGCCUAAUCCACAGCAGGGUCCUAACUUUCUUCAAUUCUGUGAUGGCUGAGAGAGAUGAGGAAGCUGCAGAAGAAAAGUUAGAAGCUAGCAGAGGUUGCUUCAUGAGGUUUAAGGAAAGAAGCUGUCUCCACAACAUAACAGUGCAAAGUGAAGCAGCAAAUGUUGGUGUAGACACUGCAGCAGGUUAUUCAGAAAACCUAGCUAAGAUAGUGGAUGAAGGUGGCUAUACUAAACAACAUAUUUUUAAUGUAGAUGAAACACUUUAUAUUGGAAGAAGAUACCAUCUUGGACUUCCAUAACUAGAGAGAAGUCAGUGCCUGGCUUCAAAGGACAGUCUGCCUUUCUUGAUAGGAGCUAAUGGAGCUGGUGACUUGAAGUUGAAGCCAAUGCUCAUUUACUAAGCUGAAAAUCCUAGAGUCCUUAAGGAUCAUGCUAGCUGGGCAUGCUGUAAUCCUAGCACAUUGAGAGGCCAAGUCAGGAGGAUUGCUGAGCCCAGGAGUUUGAGACUAGCCUGGGCAACAUGGAAAAACCCUGUCUCUACAAAAAAAUACAAAAAUUAGCUGGGUGUGGUGGCACACACCUGUGGUCCCAGCUACUAGGGAGGCUAAGGUGGGUAGAUUGCUUGAGCCUGGGAAGCAGAGGUUGCAGUGAGCCAAGAUUGUGCCACUGCACUCCAGCCUGGGUAACAGAGAAAGACCCUGUCUCAAACAAACACACAAACAAACAAAAAGAAUGAUGCUAAAUCUACUCUGCCUGUGCUCUAGAAAUGGAACAACAAAGCCUGGACAAUAGCACAUUUAUUUACAGCAUGGUUUACUGAAUAUUUUAAGCCCACUGUUGAGACCUACUGCUCAGAAGAAAAAAAGAUUCCUUUCGAAAUAUUACUGCUCAUUGACAAUGCACCGAGUCACUGAAGAGCUCUGAGGGAGAUGUGCAAAAAGGUUAAUAUUGUUUUCAUGCCUGCUAACACAGCUAACCAUUCCACAGCCCACAGAUCAAGGAGUAAUUUCAAUUUUCAAGUCUUAUUAUUUAAGAAAUACAUUUUGUAAGGGUAUAGCUGCCAUAGAUAGUGAUUCCUCUGAUGGAUCUGAGCAAAGUACAUUGAAAACCUUCUGGGGAGGAUUCACAUUCUAGAUGCAAUUAAGAACAUUUGUGAUUCAUGGGAGGAGAUCAAAAUAUCAACAUGAACAGGAGUUUAGAAGAAGUUGAUUCCCAUCCUCAUGGAUGACUUUCACAGGUUCAAGACUUCAGUGGAGGAAAUAACUGUAGAUAUAGUGGAAAUAGCAAGAGAACUAGAAUUAGAAGUGUAGCCUGAAGAUGUGACAGAAUUGCUGCAUUCUUAUGAUAAAAUUUGAAUGGAUGAGAAGUUGCUUCUUAUGGAUGAGUAAAGAAAGUGGUUUCUUAGGAUGAAAUCUACUCCUGGGGAAGAUGCUGUGAAAUUGUUGAAAUAACAGCAAAUAAUUUAGAAUGUCACAUAAACUUGACUGAUAAAGCAGUGGCAGAGUUUGAGAGGAUUGACUCCAAUUUUGAGAGUUCUGUGGGUAAAAUGCUAUUAAACAGCAUCACAUACCACAGAGAAAUAGUUCAUGAAAGGAAGAAUCAACUGAUGCAGCAAACUUCAGUGUUGUCAUGUUUUAAGAAAUUGCCACAGCCACCUGAGCCUUCAGCAGUUAUCACCCUAAUCAGCCAUGAGUCAGCAGACAUCAAGCCAUUCACUCUGAGUAAAUAUGUUCCAGUUUGGAGUUGAUCUCAACAAUGAUGUGUUAUGCCUUAGCAUCAGCCUGAAGCAUACGCACUGCUGCAGUGAGCCAGUCUUCUGAGCUGUUUCACCCAGGAAUGCAUUCAGACCAACUGCAGAAGAACGAAAGAAGUGUCAAAUAGUUAAAGAAUCUAGCCCACACAGAAAGGGAGCUUCUGGUCAGGAGUUCUUCAGAGAGGAUACGGUGGGUAUUUACUUGGGCCUCAAGGGUCCAGCUUCAGGUUCUUUGCCAUCAGUGGUGGAGACCAGUGAUACACAGCAAGGAACACGUCUUGGAACUACUGAUCCUGACCAUCCUGCCCAAGAACUCCAGGCCUGGGUAUAGGAGCAUCCCAGAGUAUAGGAAAGAGGCUGUCUGUACUGAAGAACUUGGAGAGGAAGCUGAAUGAUCUGGGAGGAAAGGUAAAAUGAAGAAAUGUCUUAUCAGAUAGCAGGUAUUAUCUCCAGAGAGAGAUAAGAGAGUUGAGAUAACUUCUCUAGGGUAGUUAGAGAAAAUGGCUAACAUGUUAUUGGCCAGAGUUAUUUAUUUUUGUUCUAGUUUGGUGAGUUUUUUUUUAACUUGUAGGCCCUAUGUAUUUUCCCCUCUGUCUGUUUAUCCCUGCCCUUGCAGAUGACAGAAAACUGCUUUCUGCCCUCCCAUCGUGUGUUCCACAGUAAUAAUGGGAUUUUAAGCUCUAACUUUCAGCAAAUGUCACCCUCAUUAAACUCCAUCUAAUUGUGCCCAGUUCCCCACCCUCCUACAGGGAACAAGAAGUGUCCCAACGCAAAUAGUGUAUCUGGCAGCCUCAUAGGACUCACCUGGAGUCCGGCUCCAGCCAGUAAAGGGUCGACCCAGCUCUGAAUGUUGGGAGUUUCACACUGUUAAGGAGAAUGCUGAGAAGGAGAUAGCAAAGAAGAAGUUAGGAAAUGUUGGUGUCUUUUUGCAUUUUUCCAAAUGAACCUCGUCACUAAAAUCUCUGCAUACCUUUCAUUUAAUCUCUAUUGCCUAUUCCACGUUUAACCUGUUCCUCUAAGCAUACCACUUUAACCUGGAUUAUGAUUCUUUUCUUUCUUCACUUCUUUGCCUUAAAAUUGUUUUUUUAAAAAAAUCCUGCUACUCAUGUUACCUUGCAUGGUUCAGUUUCUCCCUUCUAAUACUGCCAAAUUCCUGAACCCAGACCUCUUAUCGCAAAGACAGGAGAAUGUUUUUCUAUAUUGAAGCCAAUAGAAAACUACUAAAAGGCUACAUGCAAUAAGUAAAUUUUUAAAUGUACAUUUUUUUAAUGAGUGUAGGAAACAUAAAACUUUAGUAGGUGCAUGCUUACUGGGAAAGCACGCAUACAUGCUAAAAUGCCAUUAUACAGUACAUAGUGUUUACCACUUGUUUUUUAGUUUAAUAUUACAUUACGGAUAUCUUUUCAAGUUACAUAUAAUACUAUAUGUAGCUGACAUACAUUUCACUCCAAGGGUAUUGAAUUAUUUUGUAACUGGCCUUAGAGGGUUUUUACAUUGCUGCUUUUUUCUUUUUUUAAAUACUACCAACUAAAAGCCAUAAACUCUUUUCUUUUUCUUUUUUUCUUCACUCUGUACUAUGAAAAAAGUUUAAGCAUAUAUAAAAGUACAAUUGUACUACUUUUAAUAAAUCCCCACAAACCUGUCACCCAGCUUCAACAUUAUCAGAUUAUGGCCAAUUUUGUUUCACUUACAACUCUACUCAUAUCCCAUGCUUUUAUAUAUAUAUAAUUUUAAAGCAUAUCUGAGCUAGCAUAGUCUUUCAAAUGUAAAUAUUUCAAUAUUUGCUGUAAAAGAUAUGAAUUUUAAAAAUGUAAACAUAAUACUAUUUUCAUACCUAAACAAUUAACAGUAAUUCGUUAAUAUAAAUUUUCCAGUUUUCUCAAAGAUGUCAUAAACUUUUUUUUGUUCAUUUUGUUUUUUAACUUAUUUGAAUCAAGAUCCAAGGAAGAAAACACAUUGUGAUGGGUUGAUAUGUCUCCUAAGUUUCUUUUAAUAUAUGGGUACCCUCUCCUGUUUUCUCUUCCAACUCACUUGUUAAAGAAAAUGAAGUUGUUUGUCCUGUAGAGUUGCACACAGCAUGGGUUUUGCUGUCUGCAUCAUGUGCUAUAGUCUAAGAUGUUCUGUUGUCCUCUGUAUUUUCUGUAAAUUGUAGUAAUGUACAGGCUUGAUCAAAAUCAAGUUUUAAGUUUUUUUGACCAGAUAAAUUUAAUGAUUUUGGCAAGAUGGUGUGUUCUAUUUGAAGCCUAUUAUUUUCUGUUUGUCUCUUUUUCUGUGGUGUUAGCAGCUAUUGAUCCUCAAUACCUAUAGCCAGUAAUCCAUUAGGGGUCCUAAAAUGGUGACAUUCUAAUUGUAUCCUUCUUUCUUCAUUUAAUAAAGCUGGAAUAGUUAUAUAAAGAGACAUUUCCCCUGAUUUUUUGUUUAGUUAUUCAAUGGUUUGUUUAGGAAAGGCAAGAUAAUUGCUUAAGUCACUCCCCACUACUUUGCUUUUUAAAUCAGUUUUCAAAACAAUGAAUUAGUUUGUAGUCAUCCUUUAAAACAGUGACCAGUUGUUAGUAAUAGUAUCAUUAGGAACUUUUGGAUUGAAGCAUUAUUUGAUGUUUUUCAGUCCAUAAUACUAUCCUUACUAAAGCUCAUUUGUCUCCUCUUUGAGCAGUAGAAACCUUUUCAGUUUGGCAUGUGAAUCCUUAUGACAUGAACCUAGUCAUCUUUGAUAGUUUUCUUGCUGACCUGUAUGAUAAGAUGUACGAGGCCCAUCUUAUAGUUUUCCUUACAUAGUCCUAGAAUUAAUACUUUUUCCAAGGACCCCCAAUUCUGCCUAAUGGGAAAUGGUAUUUCAAAACCAAAAAUAGGGCAUUAGGAGUGCUUAUGGCUUAGUCAUUGGUCCUAGGCCUUUCCAGUACUCAGAGUUAGGAAAAAAUUUAAAAGAAAGUGUGUAUCAUGAGUUCACAUUGAUAGUUCUAAUUCACAUUUACUACUUCGGGGUCUUAAUCUCCUAUCUUCAUCUGUAUCUCCUUUUAGAGGAUUCUCAAAGACACCAGGAAUGAUAGAACAUCAAAUAAUUACUCAUUUGCUGUCCCACAAUAUAUACACAAUAGUCUCAUAAUAAAAAACAUCAGCAUUACCCACAAAUAUGAUUACUGUAAAUAGCUUAAUGGUGGCGUGUGUGUGUAUACACAUGUUUUCUGUUCUUUUUGUUCUUAAGAUAUAUCUCACUUGGGCUAUACAAAAAAAAAAAUUUACUGCUUUAAGGACAUAUGAAAUAAUUACUCUUUUAUAUGGUUAUGCCACCAGUGGAUAUACACAUAAGUUCCUUCUGUUAUCUCUUCUGGCAUGUAGUUCUAAAAAGUGCUUAUUUCGUGAGCAAGUGAUUGAGUAAAGUAUAUGUGAAUGAGUGAAUUAUGCUGACAUUUUCAGUCUCUUCUUUCAGAUGAUUUGAUCAAAAUGAAGAAUGAGAAUGUUCUUCCCAAACAAAAGAAAUGAAAUAACAUGCCAACAGGGAAACACUGUCAGAUUGGAUGGCAGUAUUCCUGAGAACUUUGUGUAGAUGUCCAAAUGUAUGAGGAAAGACUAGGAAAAUAUCCAGAAAAUACCACAGUGAUGAAUGUGGAAUAAUUUUUGCUCAGAACUCUGUCCUAAUUCAGCAUCAGAAAUUCACACUGGUGAGGAUUCCUAUGAAUGUAACAAGUAUGGGAAAGCCUAUACUCAGGCUUCAUGCAAAUAAGAGAAUUCACACUGGAGUUAGAUAUAUAAAUGAGAAGAAUAUGGGAAAGCUUUCAGUGCAAACACUGGACUCAUUCAUCGUAAGAGAAUCCAUACUGGAGAGAGACCCUAUAAUAAAUGUGACAAGCGCAACAAAGCCUUUGGCCAGUGGUCAGUCCUCAACCAGCACCAGAGGCUUCACACCAGGGAGAUACGUUACUACCAGUGUAACAAGUGUGGUAAAGUUCACAGUCAGAAUUCAGCUUUUUCAUCAUAUCAGAAUCCAUGUUGGAGAGAAACCCUUUCAGUGUAAUCAGUAUAGUAAAAUUUCUCUUUAACGUUCAUUCCUUAUUCAACACCAGAGAAUCCACUCAAAAGAGAACUUAGGAAGUUGAUAAAUAUGGAUGGAAAAGGCUUUGCAUAAUAGCUUCUCACCUGACAUUGAAAUUUUGUGAGUGUCCAGCAUCUGAAAUUGGCAAGGCAGAAUUUCUUCCCACCAGACCUUGAACUUGGUUUGGAUGAGAACUGACCCUUCAAAAUGGUCCCCACCAAAAUCCUGUCAUUUAACAGAACAAGCCACUUACUUUUCCCCUAACCGCUAAUCAAAUAAAACACUUUUGUGAUUCAGAGUGGCCUGUGGACCACCAGUUCAGUUUGCAGAUGUUUUACUAGUUGUUCCAAAAUACAGUUCUCACAAAAGCUUAGACUGUUGUUUAGUAAUACUUUUUAGUGAAAACUUAAGUUGUACAUAAAAUGCAAAUAAGAAUAUUAGAUGAUUAAUGUAUUUUAAAUGUAGCUGCAGUGGUGAUAAUUUGUCAAGUCAAACAUGUUCAGCAUCCUUUUAGGGACAGCACAGUGAAUUCUUGGGCCUUCCAUUCCUACCUAAGUUCUGAUGUAUAACAUGUACCUCCCAGCCAAGACUCCAAACAAGAAAGAUGCUUUUUUUUUUUCCUCUCUCUCUCUCAGAGACAGGAUCUUGUUAUGUCACCCAGGCUACAGUGCAGUGGUACAAUCAUAUAGCUCACUGUAACCUCGAACUCCUGAGCUCAAGCAGUUCUCCUGCCUCAGCCUCUUGAAUAGGUAGGACUACAAGUGCAUGCCAACAUGCCCAGCUAAUUUAAAAAAAUUUUUUUAGAUGGAAACUCACUGUGUUGCCCAGGCUGGUUUUGAACUCCUGGCCUCAAGCAAUCCUCUCACCUCAGCCUCCCAAAGCUCUGGUAUUAUAGGCAUGAGUCACUGCAACUAGCUGCAUCUUUUUUUUUUUUUUAAUAGAGGUGUGUUAAUUUUAAUUUGCAUUAGGAAAACACUGGAGAUACCCAAGCUGGUCUUCAAAGGAAGGGAAUAAGCAGACUCAGAUUUUGUUUAUGGGCCAGGCAGGUAAAUGAGUAAAGUAGUCCUAGAGUCAAAAAAAAAAAAAAA